AUGGAGCACGGGUUGACUGUGUUUGAUUUGGUCGCUGCGAUACUCAGCUUCGCUCUCCUCCCUCUUUUCAUCGUGUCGAUGCACAACCGCUGUUGUCCUUGCCAAUCUCUCGUUUCGUAUCGCUCGCAUCGCCACACAAACACUCCGCCCAAGUGCACCUGUCGAGUAAAACCCGUCACAAUGCCGUUCAAACGAACAUACCUCGCAACGAUCCCCGAAGAGGUACCCAGUAUCGCUAGCUGGGACGAUAUUUACAACAUUGGAAAGUCAUCAUUGAGUGUGGCGGAACGCGGCUUGCCGAUGUGA